AUGGUUAAACUUCAUAUAUGGGUUUUUAUCAUCUUAAUUUAUUUAUUAGAUUUUGGUUAUGGUGAUGCGAUUGAAGUGCCGCCAUUGAACAUUAACCAAAAGGAUCUUAUGAAGCAUUUAUCAUUAGUAGAUAUCAAAAUUGCUUUGCCAGUUAUUUAUGUAUUCAGUGACUCUUUUGUUGACAAUGGAAACAACAAAGCAAUUUUGGGAAAUAAAGAUGCUAGUGGAGGAGGUUGUUUUCCAUUUGGAAUUGAUUUUGAUGGAAAACCUACUGGUCGAGUCACCAAUGGUAGAAUUGGAGUAGAUUUCAUUGCUACAGUGGCAGGUUUGCCAUACCCACCACCAAUUAUGGGUAUGUCUAAGAUAGAUGGAAAAACAAUUCGAACUGGAGUUAAUUAUGCAUUUGGAGCUUUUGAACUUCUCUCUUAGAAUGGACAUUUUUUGUUGCAAUCCACACUUCAUGUGAAACCUAGAUCUUAUGGAUUUAAGGAUGUGAACACUUCAUGUUGCAUUGAUAACAAUGGGACUAGAAUUCAAGUUUGUGCUCCAAAUAUUGCUCCAUAUAAAGAUAGAAAGAAUCGCGUGUUCUUCGACCCGUUCCACCCAAGUGAAACUAUGCAUUUCCUUUGGGCCAGGCAUUUCUUGAAGGACUCCUCCGUUUGUUCGCCUAUCAACUUGAUUCAAUUAAUGCAGGCAUAA